AUGAUAACAACCAAAGGCAUUGGUGGUUUUUUAUUGACAGCUACUCUGUCACUCUUAUCAACAUCAGCCGCUGCUGCACUACCAGAAAUCAAUUGUGAUAAUGUGGUUACCGAUAUUACAGAAGCAUCAGCAAUCCAAGACAUGAUCGAUAAUGCAGCAUACAAAGGUCAUUCAGUGGUCAACCUUGCACCAGGUGUAUACAGCUUCUCUGAAAAUGAACCCAUUGUACUCAAGGCUGGUGUAUCGUUGCAUGCUGAUGAUAAACAACCAACCAUCUUUGUUGGACCAGAAGGAAAUUCGACCGCCACUAUAUCAGUGCCUCCUGAAAACCAGGGAUGGUCCAUCAAGGGCAUUGUUUUCGACAAUGUCAAUAUUGUUGUGGAUCCCCAUACCAACGAGGAUGAAUCGAGCGUCUUGGGUAAUCUAUUUUUGAAUGGCGGUCGUGGUUCAGUCAUCUCCAACUAUGGCCAAAACCUUUAUAUUGAUGGCAACGUCUUUUUGCGUGAUUAUGACCACCGUGGAACAGCAUUGUUCCCCAAAUACAACACAACCAACGCUGGUGUUGUGUUCCAAACCCAAAAGAGCAGCGUAGUUUCCAACAACAUUUUUGGAAUGGAUCUACGUGAAGCCCAUAAUGUAUAUCCACAUGUAUCACCACAACUACAACGUGUGAUGGAUGACUUGGCCUAUUACCGACAAUGCCAUCAACGGGAAUUGAGCGAUGAACAAGGAUAUUUGGCAUCCGGUGUUCAAUUGUACACCACCGUUGAUAUUACCAUCAAAGAGAACAUCUUGAACGCUACGCUCCCUGAUCGAUUUAUCUAUGGUCAAGAUCACGCUAUCAGUGCAGUGGGAAGCAACCAAACAUACAUUCACCAAAACUUCUUUGCCGGAUGGGAGCUUGCUGAUUUUGGUGGCGCUGUACGAUUCACUUCAGCAGUAGAUGGCUACGUGGUAUCCAACUACCUUGCCAAUGAUGCUAUUAUGAUGUAUGCAGCCACUCACGCUGACUUUAUGCAAGUUAGCAACAUGGUCGUAUACAACAACUUCUUUUACAAGUUUAUUGGACAAGAGCUCGCACCACCCGAACCCCAGAAUGGAUGGCUCUAUGAAGGCAUCACAUUCUUUGACUUUUAUACAGCACGCCUUAAUUACACGAUCAUGCCACCCAUCUGGAACUCCACCGUGCCUGUUUCUCCUUGGGGAUGGCACAUUGUUAUGUCUGAAAACCAUUUUGGGGCUGCUGAAGGUCUUGAUCCCAACGUUAUCAGCCUCGGCAAUCUCGAUCCUUCCGAAGCCUUCAUUGAUCACUCCAAUUGCUAUGUAACGCCCCCACUCCUCCCUGGUUCAGAGCAUGGAUCAACCGUGCCCUUGUUAUGGCGUCAAUCCUUUGAGCCUGGUGUAUACACACAAUAUGGUGGAAAGGUUCCCAAGAAGUUUGACUUUUACACCAACGAGCCAUUAAUCGAUAACGUGCCAGCCAACAUGCGUAACUUGCCUAUUCCCGAAUUCUGGAAGGGCUUCACUCUUCACAACAACACCAUCCCUAUGAUGGAUCCCGAAACUCCUUGCUUUGUAGCCAUGGAAGAAAAUUAA